CGGGCAAAAGACGGCUCACAUCUGCCGCCGGCACGACUCGUCUCAUUCAUUCUUCAUCAGGACAUUAGCGCACACGACAGACACCUCACAUACCUGGCCAUAGCCUGGGGUCAGAUGAUUGACCACGACUUGACAUUAGCGCCGUCGCCAACAGAUGAUAAAAGCGAGUCAAUCAAGUGCUGUGAGCACCGGCCUGAGGACCAGCACCCGCAGUGCUAUCCGAUCCAAAUCCCGGCCAACGAUCCGUUUUACAAGUACUUCGACCGGCAAUGUAUGGACUUUUUGCGAUCGCUGCCGGGCGUCAAACCCAACUGUCCACUCGGGCCGCGCGCGCAACAAAACUCCAUCUCCUCCUACAUCGACGCCAACUUCAUCUACGGCUCUACCCAAGAGGUGUCCACUCGACUGCGGGAGUUCAGCGGUGGUCGACUCAAAACGUCUCCCAUUUACCACGAGCUGGGAAUGAAAGACUUACUGCCCAUGAAGGUGAAGGACCCGGAGCUGGGGUGCGAACGCACGGGACGGGCGCGCAAUAUGUACUGUUUCGACGGCGGAGACGAGCGACUCAACGAACAGUUGCAGCUGACGGUAAUGCACACGGUUUGGAUGCGCGAACACAACCGCAUAGCCGGCGCUUUGCAACACAUUAACCCGCACUGGGAUGACGAGCAACUGUAUCAGGAGACCCGUCGCAUCAUCGGCGCGAUGGCACAGCACUUGACGUUCAACGAGUUUCUGCCCAUCAUUAUUGGCCGCAAAGCGAUGGCCAACUACGGCCUCGAUCUGAUGCCCAAAGGCUACUAUAAGGGCUACGACCCGAAGGUUAACCCCGGCAUUCGCACAGCUUUCCAGGCGGCGGCCUUCCGGUUCGGGCACUCCAUUCUGCCCGACGUUACCGAACGCUAUAAUAAAUAUCACGAAAAAAUCGAAUCCAUACGUCUAUCGGCGCUAUUGCGACAGCCGUACGAGCUCUACAAACCCGGUGCUGUGGACUCAUUCAUGUUAGGUCUGGUCAAUCAGCAGACGUACCGCAUGGACAGCGAGAUUACCACCGAAGUGACCAAUCACCUGUUUGAGAAGCCUGGUGAAAAGUUCGGCCUGGACUUGGCCGCCAUGAAUAUUCAACGCGGUCGGGAGAUGGGCCUACCCGGCUAUAACGAGUACCGGGAGUACUGCGGUUUGCCCAAGCUCAAAUCUUUCUACGACCUGAACGGUCUGUUCCCCAAUAAGACUAUUCAACGCUAUCUGAGUCUAUAUAAAGACAUCAAUGAUCUGGACCUGUGGUCGGCCGGCAUAUCGGAGUACCCGUUGCCGGGAGCUAUGGUCGGCCCCACAUUCGCCUGCAUUAUUGGCGAACAGUUUUCACACGUCAGACGCGGCGACAGGUUUUGGUACGAGAACGAGGGCUGGCCCUCACAGUUCACCAUUGAACAGGUCAAUGAGAUUCGCAAGGCUAAAUUGUCCAGGUUGCUUUGCGAGAAUUCCGAUGAUAUGACCACCAUUCAGUUGUAUCCCAUGUUGAAGGCUAACCCUAAGCAUAACCCACGGGUUGAGUGCCACGUACUGCCAACCAUUGAUUUGACGCAAUGGCGAGACACCAGUGAUUACACCUCUAAUGAAUAUAAGUCCGCUUAA